CCGCGCAUCGUGCUCAUGGGCUCGCGGCGUUCCGGGAAGACGUCCAUGGAGCGCGUCGUCUUCGGGAAGAUGUCGCCGCACGAGACGCUCUUCGUGGCGUCGACGUCGACGCCGACGCUGCGGCUCGUCGCGAACAGCGAGCUCGUGCACUUCGCGAUCUUCGACAUCCCGGGCGGCUGCGAGCUCGGCGAGCUGAGCCACCACGGCGCGGCGCUGACGCCCAUGGCCGUGUUCAGCCGCUGCGUCGUGCUGGUCUACGUCGUCGACGCGGAGGCGGACCCCUACGCGGAGUGCGCGCGCCUCGCGGAGGUCGUCGCGCUCGCGCGGCGCGUGAACCCGCGCGUCGGCCUCGAGGUCUUCGUGCACAAGGUCGACGGCGACCACUUCCUGAGCGAGGAGCAGAAGCUGGGCUGCCGCCGCGAGAUCGAGGCCUGCGUCCGCGCGGAGCUCGCGGAGCUCACGCGCGGCGACGCCAGGGCCGAGGACGAGGCCGCGGACGAGGCCGCGUCCAUCUACGACCACUCCGUCUUCGAGGCCUUCUCCAAGGUCGUGACGAAGUCGUUGGUGCCCCAGCGCAAGACGCUGCAGCGCAUGCUCGACGCGCUGGUGGCGGCCUGCGACAUGGAGAAGUCGUUCCUCUUCGACGUCUCGUCCAAGGUCUACGUGGCCACGGACUCCGCGCCCGUCGACUCGGCGUCCUACGAGCUCUGCGCCGACGCCAUCGACGUCGUCCUCGACGUGUCGUCGAUCUACGCGCCGGCGAAGAAGGGCCGCGACGACCGCAAGCCCCGGUCCAACGCCGCGUCCGUGACGCUGUCCAACGGCAUGGCCCUCGUCCUCGACGAGGUCGACCAGAACCUCGCGCUCGUCUGCCUCCUCCGGUCCGAGAACCUCGAGAAGCGCGGCCUCAUCGACUACAACCUCUCCUGCUUCCGCGCGGCCCUC